AUGUCAUCUGUGUCAACCUUACCAUAUAUUGGAAGUAAAAUUUCCCUAAUUUCCAACUCUGAAAUUAGAUACGAAGGAAUAUUAUAUACAAUAAAUACUCAUGAAUCUACUGUUGCCUUACAGAAUGUUCGUUCUUUUGGUACUGAGGGUAGAAGACAACCAGACAUUGCUCCAUCAAAUGAAGUAUACGACUUUAUAAUAUUUCGAGGAAAAGAUAUUAAGGAUGUCACGGUAAGUGAAACAGGAAAAAAUAUCCCAGAUGAUCCAGCUAUUGUUUCUAUGAAUAUAGCACCUAGUUCUAAGAAUAAUAUAACAGAUAAUUUAAAUUAUAAUAAUAAUAUGAAUAUUAAUAAAUCUUUAAAGGUAAAUAAUAAUUUAAUAUCAUCCAAUGAUAGGAAUAUGAACAAUAGGAGAUAUUAUAAUAAUAGACAGAACUAUAAUUUCCAUUAUAAUAAUAGAAAUUAUAACAACAACAAUAAUAAUAAUAACAAUAAUAAUAAUAAUAAUAAUAAUUACAAAUAUAGAAAUUAUAGAAAUUAUGAAAGACAGAAUUAUAUUAUAGGGGAAUUACAAUCACAGCUAAAUCCUGCUCUCAAAAAUAAGUUUAGCCCCGAUUUUGAUUUUAAUACUAAUAAUAUGAAGUUCGAUAAAAAUAAUAUAUUAGAGGAAAAAAAUAGAGAAGAUUCUAGUGCAAUGAAUAAUCAUAUGCAAGUUGGUGGUUAUGAUAAAAAUUCAAGUUUCUUUGAUAAUAUAAGUUGUGAAACCUUAGAUAAAAAACAAGGAAUUGAUGAAAGGGUUGACAGAGAAAAGUUAAGAAUGCUAGAUGUGGACACAUUUGGAAUAGCAGCUGCACAUUAUAGGACUAAUAUGCAUAAUAGAAAUCAUAACAGAAAUAAAAUGAGAAAUAAUCGAAAUAAUAAAAUGAUGGGAAACUUUAAUUAUAAUUAUUUUAACAGGAAUCAAAAUCCUUUUAAUAGAUAUCCAGCAUAUUAG